GAAGAAGAGGAAAACCCAAUCAGCGAGCGACUCUUCUCAGUUUGAACGCGAAGCGGUUUGCUACAAUGGCGAUCAGUUCUGUUCAUAUUUGACAUUUUUUAAUCAUACAGUUAUUACAUAAUCUCGAGAAGGGAUCUACAUGUCGAUAACACGUUGUAGAGUAAAUAUCCAAGAUGAAUGCAAGAGGAAGAAAUGGGCCGUUGUUUAUCAAGACGUACAGUAAAAGAAUGCGAAAGGUGGAGCCUUGGUUCUCCCCGGACCUGAAGAGAGCAGCUUUCUCUUUUUCAAGCACUCUUUCAUCAGAUCAGUCCAUAACCGAGACCACACAACCCAAGAAACGGAGAAUAAGAGAGAGAGCCUCCCGUCCUGCUAAGAGCAAAGGCAUGACUGCCAUAAAGGAGAACGGGAGUGAUGAGGAAAACUAUGCACCGUCCUCGUUGUUCAGAAAGAAGACAAAUGCAAAACCAUCAGUAAGGACUACAGCUGUGAGGAAGACUCGAACGACAAAGAAGGCAAAAAUAAAUAAACCGAUUAUUUUCAGCAGCAGUGAAAAUGAGGAUGACUCCUGUACGAUGAAGAAUGAAAUCCGUCUGAAAACGUCUGCUGGUGAAUGUGCUGGUGCUGAGAAAGUGUUCGGCGCUCAGUGUUUGACCAGGUUUGUCACACAUCGCAGAAGACCACCGGCACCCAUCCAAACUAAGCCGAUCUCUGUUGAUGAUUCCUUAGAUGAUUUCCUUCCUUCGUUCUCCCAAAACAAGCGCGUUGCGAGCAGGAAGCCGUUCUACACGGACUCAAAUAAUCAUGCUGCUCUCAAGAACCGCAAACGCUCACAGAACCGCGUGGCUCUGGCUGAGGUGUCUUUCAAUGAUAGCGAUGAGCAGCAGCUCCCGAGUAAACGUCCCCUGCUUUCGAGCACACCUUCCCUGGUCUGCAGACGGCUCCAAAACUUACCAGAGCCCUCCAUCAGUGAGAUCUCCUCCCUCAGCUUUGAUGAACUUCACCAGGCAUCCUCUGGAGAGAGAGUGACGGAGCAGAGGGAUGCAGUUGUGGAAGAGAGAGCUGGGGAUGGAGAGAAGGAUCAGAGGAGGAAAGAAGGAUGUGCGGAGGCCACGUCGAGCACAGGAUGCGUGUCACGACACUCACACCUAGAAUCUCUAGCAGACGAGCUAAAGAAGAGGUGUCGCACAGUGGAUGUAGCUGUGAUGCUCAAAAAAAUAGAUGUCUCGGAUCAUCUGUUGAAGGUGCAAAGCUGCGGCAGGGAACGGGAUUGUUUGGAGUCCUCCGUGGCAGCAAGCAGUCAGAGCAGCCAAACCUAUAUAACUGUAUCAUCCAGCUGCUCCUCACUAUCCAAACCAUCACUCUAUCUCUCCUCUUCUAAGUCUCUUUCUGCUUCCCCUUCUGCUGGAGCUGGUUGCUCAAAGCAGUCCCUUAUCGGGCGUCUUAAGGCUGAAUGUCUGUUAUCUUCCCUCGCUGUCAGCAUUCCCCGUCUAGACUUGGCUGCGUAUCCUUCUGUCCACCAGGGGGCGACAGAAGCACCCGCCUCCCCAUACACCUGCCACAGGGACAGCGCCUCCCCACCUCUUAAAGAGACGGGGAAUGUUAUCCCGACCAGCUCAAUAAAUCAUAAGACUCCCAGUAACGCUGGAGCAGUUGUUCAACACUUGUCUGCAUCAUUCCAACCUCGUCCGGUCUCUCCGUCUGCCAAUGUAGCUCAUAGCAAAACACGACCUCCUGCUGUGCCUAAAGAACGCACGGGUUCUGGUACUGGCACCGGUCGCAAAGUUUGUGUGAGUGGACUUAAUGUCAGCCGCUGGUCAAAGAGGGGCGCUGGAGAAUUCAAUGAGAAGCGGAGGAAAAAGGAAGGACGGACAAAGGCAGUGUCAGGAGACUAUAGUUCCUGGGGCAGCAUGUCGUCUGCUGGAGCAGACACCUGUGCAGGGGAAUCAACAUGUGGCUGGCUGCAGGGCACCAGUGUGAUUGGUCUGGCUGUAACGCCUCUCAAAAUGGAGCAAAUGAAUCUGUCUUCCAUCCUGACCAACUUUACUCCCGACACACUCACGACACACUCCUGGGGCCGACUGAAGGCAGCACUGUCCCUGCAUAAGAAGAAGACUGCAUUUGCCACCCCGCGCCGCUUGGUUCAGUCUCAUCUGAAGUCCCCAGGUGCUGCAUUUCCAAAUGACAACAGUCUAAACCUGUUUGCUUCCCCUCUCUGCACACCGUCCAGAUUCAUACCUUCAUGCUUGCUCCCAUCCACCAUGAACACCCCGAUGGCUUCGUAUGAUGAAGAUAUCAGCGAUGCAGAAAAAGUGUAUCAGGAAUGCCAGCAGAGCGGCCCGCUUUCCUUCAGUGACUGUAUCCCUCCAGCUCGCAUGAAACACUGCAGCAAGAUCGGUGAAGGGACGUUUGGAGAGGUCUUCUCAACCAUAAACGAUUCCAACGAGACGGUUGCUCUCAAAAUCAUCCCAGUAGAAGGCAGUCAGCAGGUCAAUGGUGAACAACAGAAAACCUUUGGCGAAAUCCUUCAUGAAAUCAUCAUUUCCAAAGAGCUGAGCUGCCUUAACAUGAAGGAGAUCAACAAGACAGACGGUUUCAUUGGGCUCAACAAUCUUCAUUGUGUUCGUGGAUGUUAUCCGGAAGCUCUGCUCAAAGCCUGGGACAAGUUUGACCGUCAGAAGGGAUCUGAGAACGACAGACCUGAUUUCUUUGAUGGCGAGCAGCUGUUCUUAAUCCUGGAGUUUGAGUUUGGAGGGAGUGAUCUAGAGAACAUGAACGGAAAGCUGUCUUCUCUGGUCCAGGCCAAGAGCGUUCUACAUCAAGUCAUCGCAGCUUUGGCUGUAGCCGAGCAAGCGCUGUGCUUUGAACACAGAGAUCUUCACUGGGGAAACAUCCUGGUGAAGAACAUCAAGCACAAGCACAAUGAGUUCAUUCUGAAUGGAAGAGUGCAUUCCAUCGAGACACGAGGGGUCCACGUCAACAUUAUCGACUACUCGCUCUCACGCCUGGAGAUCGAUGGACUGACGGUGUCAUGUGAUAUCUCUAACGAUGAGGAGUUGUUUAUGGGUCAGGGAGAUUAUCAGUUUGAGAUCUACCGUCUAAUGAAGAAAGAAAACAAUAACUGCUGGUCCACCUAUAAUCCUCAUUCUAACGUGUUGUGGCUGCACUAUCUAGCUGACAAACUGUUGAGCAUGAACUACAAGAACAAAGCCCAGACCAACCAGCAGAAGAUGCUGAAGAGCGCCCUCAAAUCUUUCCAGUCGGAGAUCCUUAGUUAUCCGUCAGCUACAGAAGCUCUUAUGAACUGCAGAUUCUUUCAGUGAAUUUUUUUUUAGUUUGUUUUUAAUUAACACAAUAGAUAGACCUGUAUAUUUAGAAUUACCAGUCCAGGGCAAGUAACAAUAUUCUAAAGUUCUGUAAAAAAAACAAAUAAAUAAAAUCAUGCCAUUUAAAAAAAA